AUUCGCAUUUUUUUUUCUCCAAAUAUUAUUCAAUAGAAUUCAAUAUUGUUACCACUACUUGAUGGCAGUGGCAACAAUAUGAAAUGUCGGCCACAAUCAUCAACAUUGUUGCUUUAUGCGAUGUCUGUUGAUCAUCAUUGCCUUUCGUAGUCGUCGUCGUCGUCGUCAUCAGUCAGUAUUGAUAAAUUACGAAUGGAACAAAAACUUUGAUGAUGAUGGUGGCGACGAUGAUCAUCAUCAUGGCCAUCAUUGUUGAUCAUUUGUGUAUAUUGACAACGUUGACUGCUACCACAAUGUUUUUUUUUCUCCUUCAUAUUUCGGUUGGAUUUUUUUUCCCUUCGAUUUUACUUUUGAUUCAUUCAUUCAUUCUUGUCAUUGUCGUAGUAUAAUUUUUUUUUUGGUGUUAGGUUUAAAAAUGAACGACUAUAAAUGAGUAAAUCUGAAUGCAUGUGUUUUUAUGGCUUUUAAGCGCCAGUCAAACGUUGUCGUUUUUAUUGAUAUCGAUAUGUCAGCAUCCACGUUGAAAAAUUUGAUUGAAUUUCUAUUUCAAAUCAUAAUGUCGACUAAAAUAUUGAAAUUGAAUCAUUUAUUCCGAUGUGGUAGUGGUGGUGGUGGUUGCGGUGGUGGCCAUCAUUAUUCAAAAUCACGAUUAUUGGCCACACCAAUCAUUACAGCUAGUAAUCGUAAUGUUUCAACAGAUUUAUUAACAUCGGAAACUUUACCGCCAUAUGUAAAUUUACCUUAUUCAUAUGCAUUUGGUCGUAGUUUAAAUCAUAUCAUUUAUGAAACUAUUGGUAAACGUUUGGAUGAUCGUUUAAAAAUUGAAACGGGUAAACCAAUCAUUAUAAGUCAUCAUGAAAAUAUUAAGAAAACCAUCAGUGAAUUCUAUCAAGAUGUUAAUCGAUUAUCGAAAGCAAUGUAUGAACAUUUGAAUAUUAAAAGAGGUGAUGUUGUUGGUCUUUGGAGCUGUAACACUUAUGAUUGGAUUGUCAUACAAUAUGCCUGUUUUCGAAUCGGUGCUAUCUUGUGUACGGUCAAUCCAUUCUAUCAAUCAUAUGAGCUUGAUUAUGCUAUACGUAAAGGUGAAAUGAAAGCAUUAUUCAUGCCUGGACAUAAAUCACGUCAGGAUAUUGUGAAUCGAUUUUCAACAAUUACAAUGAAAACAUUGGAGAAAAAAGCCGAUGAUCAAAAUCAGUCAACAUUUCUACUUGAAAAUAUUAUUACAGUGGAUGGCCAUCCAUUUAAUGUAUCCGAUUUGCCUGAUCAUCAUCGUAAUAUUCGUUUGUUUGAAUUGGAAAAAUUAAAACAACAGACCGGUGAAUUAGAUUCAUCUAUAACAAAUUUGGUAUUACCAGAUGAUCCAGCUGUAAUAAUGUUUACAUCGGGUACAACUGGACGUCCAAAAGGUGCAUGUCUCUCACAUUUUAAUAUAGUCAACAACGUAACAAUGUGUUCAUAUAGAGCUGAUGUGAAAGAAAAUGCAUUAUUCUGUGUUCCAUUACCAUUUUUUCAUGCAUUUGCCGGUGUUCUCGGCAAUCUGAUACCGAUCGCAUCAGAAACUGGUGGAUUAAUGAUACCGUGUUUAAAGUAUGACGUAAGACAAUUAGCACAAUCUAUCAAUGAACAUGGAGCCACACAUAUGAUGGCUACACCUACAUUGGUGAUAGAUUUAUUAAAUUAUCUUCGUGAUAAUAAACUACAAUUAUCAACAUUACAAGAAGUGAUGGCUGGUGGCGCUUCAAUGCCAAUUGAAAUUGCACAUCAAUUAAUGGAAUUUGCAUCCAAUUGUAAAGUACGUGUAGCAUAUGGUGCAACUGAAACAUCUCCAUGUGCAACAACGUUUUCGAAAAAAUCAACAAUUGAAGAAUCAAUAGAAACUGUUGGUUCACCAUUGGAUUUUGUUGAAAUUAAAUUAGUUGAUCCGAAAACCAAAAAAAUUGUCAAAAUUGGUGAAACCGGUGAACUACAUUGUCGUGGUCAUGUUAUCAUGUUAGGUUAUUGGCGUGAUCCGGAAAAAACUAAAGAAUCUAUUGAUGAAGGAAAUUGGUAUAACACAGGAGAUUUGGCUGUUAUGACCGAAAAAGGUUUGAUAAAAAUUAUUGGACGUACAAAAGAAUUGAUUAUUGUUGGUGGUGAAAAUGUUUAUCCUCGUGAGAUUGAAGAAAUUCUUUACACUCAUCCGGCUGUCGAAACUGUCAAUGUCAUUGGUGUACCAGAUCCACGCAAAGGCGAAGAAAUCUGUGCAUGGAUACAACUACACAAAGAUGUCAAAAUAACUGAAGAUGAAAUUCGAGAAUUUUGUAAAGGACAAUUGACAUAUUUCAAAGUUCCUAAAUAUAUUCUAUUUGUCGAUUCAUAUCCAAUGACACCGACUGGAAAAGCUCAAAAAUUUAUAAUGAAAAAAAUGACUAUUGAAAAAUUAAAUUUAAAAACUGAAUGAACAAAUGAAAGAAAAUCAAAAGUGUGAAAAUUCAUUUUUUUUCAAAACCAAAAUCAUCACCUCAACUGGAAAUGUAUGGAAACCGGUGUCUUAUUUUAAUCGGGGGGAAAAAACAAAAAGAAACCUCAUCAUCAUCAUCAUUAUCAUUAUCCACUAUCGUAAUUCCAUUUUUUUUAC